ACAGAAGAAAUGCAAAAAAAUUUUAUUUUAAAACUUUUGAAUUCUCAGAUAGCUCUUUGAACUCAGCUCUUUUUUCUGUCCGUGUUGCAGGGAUUCCCGUUUCCAAAUUAUAUUUGUUCUUCCUGUUGAAGAGAGAAGAUGUACAGAAUGAAGAGGGAGAAGCUGGGACAGGCACUUGUAUAGAAGGAAAGAUCAGACUUGAAAUGAAAGAGAUGACUGCAGAGUUAAGCCAUUCUGGGGAAGAAACUCAGAAGCAAAGAUGCAUUGGUGAUGGUGCCUGUGAUUCCACUUGGAGAGAAAACUUGGAUGUACAUCAGAAAAUCCACACUGGAGGGAAACCUUACGAAUGUAAUCAAUGUGGUAAAACAUUUGCAAAGAGGGCCACUCUCACCGUACAUCAGAGAAUCCACACUGGAGAGAAACCUUAUGAAUGUAAUCUCUGUGGAAAGGCUUUUACAUACGAGUCUCGUCUUACUGUACAUAAGAGAAUCCACACUGGAGAGAAACCUUUUGAAUGUAAUCAGUGUGGAAAAGCUUUUAUAGGGAGGAACAAGCUUACUAUACAUCAGAGAAUCCACACUGGAGAGAAAUCUUAUGACUGUUACCGGCUUAGUAAAGCCCACACUCAAAAGUCAACCCUUAUUUCCCCUCAGGCACUGCCAAAUCAGUAAACAGCAGUCCUUGGGGGCAGCUGUGUGGAUCCCAGCCAUACCUUUGAGAACGUUUGCUCUACUGAUGACCCUGGGGUCAAGAUGCUGAAUAAAGGAAGAUUGCAGGGACCCUGGACUGGCCCUGGACGUGGGGCUUCAGCACAUUGAUCAGACAUGGUCCAAGGCUUUGCCUAAUGAUGGAGGAGCACACAAGUAAGAGAAAUGGUUUUGUCUUAUUUGGAAAUAAUCCAAUGCUAAGGUUUACAUAAUUCAAGCUGAAUCCCUUUCUUUUUCCCGAUGGAAUCAUGAGUAUGAUUAUCACUUCAAUUUAGGAAGAUGAGAAAUAGAGACUGCUUGGUGCCUCAUAGCAUGAGGCUUCAGGGGCCUAGAAGGGAGCCUCCGUGAUCUUCAGUGUUAGGUAUAAUCAUUUAAAGGUGAUUAGGUACAAGAAAAAGAUAGUGAGAUACUGAAGCCAGAGCGUGCAUUAACUACUAGGAAAGACAUCCGAAUGCAGAAAGGAGUUGGAGAUUGGGGCCUCAUAUCAGCCCGGGCCGAGUCUGUUAGUUAGUAAACAUUAAUGAAGCACCUACUAUGGUCUAGCCUCUGAGUACACAAAGGGAAACAAAAGAUAGUCCCUGUUGUCAGAGCUCAGAAUCUAGUAUACAAACAUAGUGAUAGUCAAGAAGCAGUAAUGUAACAGUUAAAAUUUAGGAAUAUGGGGAGACUGAGGCAGGUUGAAAUUAGUUUCUCUCUGGAAGGAGUAUUAUACUUUUUAGAGGCUUAUUAAGGAUUAAGGAUUAAAGAAUAUACAAGUAAGAAACGUGCCUAGGCCAGAGGCCUAGACAAAAUAACCUCACAUCACGGAAGAGACGCGUCUGCUCCAAAACAGAAGUCCAAAAAGGGACGAGAGAGAGCCCCAAAAAUCGUUGCCACCAGCUUAAAUCCUUCCUCGAUCUGGGCCCACCUCAGAAUUCCUGUGAGAUUACAAAGCUUUUGGGGAAGUGGA